AUUUUAUUAUUAUUCCGAGCUGUUGCAGUUUUCAGCAAUGAGUGUUGAAAAAUUAAGCUUUACAACAAUAAAUUAACGAGAUUUCCAAAAGGGUAUCCGGAAAAUGUCUUUUCAUCCGCAUUCCUUUUGAUUUGAGCUUAACAACAAUGGCCGAUGAUCAUUCUUCCUUCACUAAGGAUGUUUUGCUUGUGAAGGGUUUGAAGAAUACAACGUUGGUUUGGAGGUUGGUUGUGUUGGCUUUUGCAAUGGUUUGUGGUGUGUAUAUAUGUUCUAUUUGUUUGAAGCAGAUUAGCACUGGCACUAAAAUUGGUUUUCUAGAUAUCAAUGUUGUUCAAAGGCCUUGUCCCGAACCGAAUAUCGAACCUUGGGAGAUUCCUUAUGUGCACUAUCCAAAUCCAAAAACUUACAGCAGGGAGGAGUGUAGUUGUCACCCGGUGCGCUAUUUUACUAUACUGUCGAUGCAGAGAUCUGGGAGUGGAUGGUUUGAGACGUUUUUGAAUAGUCAUCCUAACAUAAGUUCGAAUGGAGAAAUCUUUUCGGUUAAGGUUAGAAGGAGUAAUAUGACGACAAUAACAGAGACGUUGGAUACAAUUUAUAAUCUAGACUGGUUUAGUAGUGCUUCUAAAAACGAGUGCACGACUGCAGUUGGCUUGAAGUGGAUGCUUAACCAGGGAUUGGUGCAGCAUCAUGAACAAAUUGCCGAGUACUUCAGAAUACACGGUGUCUCAGUCAUAUUUCUUUUCAGAAGGAACCUUUUGCGCCGGAUGAUUUCCGUGCUUGCAAACGAAUACGAUAAGAAUGCUAAGAUAUUAAACGGCACUCACAAGUCUCACGUUCAUUCACCCAAGGAGGCAGAAAUACUUGCAAAAUACAAACCAACACUCAAUUCAACGUUGCUGAUCGCAAGCCUGAAACAAGUGAAUGAUACCACCACCAAGGCUUUAGAAUAUUUCAAGAGCACUCGGCACAUUAUGCUAUAUUAUGAAGACGUUGUCAAGAAUCGCACUAAAUUAAUGGACGUUCUAGAAUUUCUAAAGGUUCCUCAGAUGAAUUUGAAGAGUCGUCAAGUAAAGAUUCAUAAAGGUUCCUUAUCGAGUCAAGUUGAAAACUGGGAUGAUGUUAGCAAAGCACUCACCGGAACACAAUAUGAGAGUUUCCUCCAUGAAGAUUACCGCAGGUAAACUUACGGGUAUGUACAUACCGUUAGCAUUCUUCUAAUCUUUGCUCAUGAGUAGCCACAAGAGCCGACAGGAAAGCCACCCUGUUGAAAUUUUUGUUAGGUUUCCCCACCCUCACAUUUUUGUACUCAGUUUUGUUGUUGUUAAUUUGUCUGCCGAUUUAAUUAAAUAUUUAAUUCAUUCUUUUGUAAUUUUUCUGUUUUUUGCUGAACACUUGCAUUUUGACGCCAUCAAGAGAAUUUGCAAUUUCAAUUUAACAACUUUUAUUUUGACCAUGAUUUUGCCCCGUCUUUAUAUGGUCUGUAAAUAGAUGUUUGAAAUUGUUAGCGGAAAGCACAGAUAUCUUUUUGGUAAUUGCUGGUAAGUAGCUUGAAGAUUAAGAAAAAAUCUCAUGGGGAAUCGUAGUAAAAAAAAAUGUAAAUUUGACUAUACGAGUGAUAGAUGGUGUAUUUAUAUCAAUGUUUGUUUAACUAAUAAUCUGUUAUACUGCAUUCCCAAAAGAGUGAACAAUCAUUUUGCCUCUAAAUCAAACUUUUGUUACUGUAUGUAUCACUCUUGGAAGAAAUAGAACUGUAGACUUGAUUUUGAUACUUUUGGUUCUCAUAGAGUAGAUUUGUUUUCCCACAACUAGUUUUGAUUCUGAUACUUCUGGAUCUCAUAGAGAGUAGAAAUGUUUUUCCACAGCUAGUUGAAGUUAGAAAUUAUAGCUUUUGAUUUUAGAAUUGUUGUUUUUUUCUUUUUUUAUGGUUUAGUGGUCAAAUGGUUGGAAUUUCACCCCCUUAAAGGUGGUAAAUAAGUGGGAAGUCGCGGAUUCGAAAUUGAGCUACUGCAGUUGGAUGUUCAGCAUAGCUACCAAUUGUGUUGUCUUGAUGUGAUAGAUUCUAAAAUUGGUUUUUAUAAUCAAAUUUAUUGUUCAAUUCAUUUUUAUAUAAAUGUGUUUAAAUAUAAAAUCAUUGGACUUUAAACUCACUUUUCACCGUAAUCAACUCACUUAAAAUCAAUUUUCGUUACCCUUGAACCGUUCACACUAUGAGUUUUUUGAUGGGUCAAUCUAAUGAGAUUAUAAAGUGUACUUGUGGUAAGUACAAUAGAAGAUACUCUGCUUGCAUUGAGAUGCACAGUAGGGCUUUUGAGUUUUGAUUUGUGAAAAAGUGAAUCUUUUUCCCAACUGCACGAUUGGGGUGUCUAUAAAAUUGGUUUCUUAUUCGGGGGUGGUUGUUGCGAAGACCGGUUCAAGCCCCUAAAAACCUGAUCACGCGUCCCCAGCCUUGACUAACUUGUGGAAGUGAGUGGAGCUAAUUAUCCUUCAUAAUAGGUGUAUUUAACCUCAUAAUAAUUUCAAUUAUUGUCCUAAUAUGUGGAUUUACAAGUUAUAUCGCAAUCCAUAACUCUGAAAUGUUGUGUUGGGUGAGAAUGAGCAUUGGGCCAGGGUCGGUUCGAGUGCUCGUCGCUCGACCUCGUUCGUUUGCACCUUAGGACUCUCCAUGUUGUAUGUGAAUCAGAUGAUUAAUGGACCGGCCUCUUUGAGGCUUAUUUGGGAUUUUUCAAUUUACAAUCUCUCAAGCAUGAGGCUUGGAAGGGCAGUGUGAUUAAGGUAUAUCGUCCUAAUCCAUGUCCUAUUUUAAUAUCAAGAGUUGAACCAAUGACUUUGGUUCUGGAGGAGACGUACAUAAAUUCUGCUAUUAACAGAGAAAAUCAGGACCAUCCCUCUGGUAUAUUUGAAGGAGUUGAUAAAGAUCUUUGAUUUUUCUUUGAUAUAGAUCAUCCAGGUCAUCAAGAACCACAUAAACAUGCCUCUAUUCACCAAGACACUUACCUUUAUUAGGUUCAUAAGAUGAAGUUUUAGAACUUUGACAACUGUCUGAUGUUGCAACUUCUGGUGUAACAUCUAGACUUUAUCUUCCUUGAACUUUAAGCAUGUGAAUGAGUAAGUAGUUCCUUGUGGUACACACGAUAAAAGUUGUCUUUGGACUUAACUCCCUCAUCAAAUUUCAUCCAUCUCAUUAGAGACCAGACAUUCUUCCUUAGUGAAACUUACUUCAAACCUUGGUCACACAACUGGUUUAUGUUUAUCAUGCUAGUCAUCAUUGCUUUUAACAAGAAGAACCUCAUCAAGACUAGGAAAUCUUGUUCCAUCCAAUUUCUCAACCCUUUUUACUUCACCUUUAGCAUUGUCACCAAAAUAACAUAGUUGGAAGAGUGAGACUUAAAGUUCACCAAAACACCUUUAAUCAGUCAUGAGUCUGGAACAACCAAUGCCAAAAAAGAAUAUACCAGUCUUCUUUUGCUAAGCAAAACUCUAGGAGAAAUAUGAGUAAUAAAAUAAUUAACACCUUCCUUGAGUUUAUCCACUAUUUGGUUAACCUUAGAUUGAGUUGUACCUUUGGGAUAGCCAUUCAACUUGAAACAACGUGGCCUGAUAUGACUAACUUUUAUCACAGAGGUGACAUAUCCAAUGCAAGCACAUGUCAUUAGCUUGAGAAAUCUGAUGUCUAGCAUGAUGCUGAAACAUUUUAUUUGACAUCAUUGAAUCAACUUUGCCUUUUGAUGAAAACAACUUUAUGUCACUUCAGAUUUUCUUUGCUUACUAAAGACAUGAAAAUCAAGCCCUAUCCCUUUUAGGUUUUCAGUCACCUUUCAAACUUG